CCGCUGUGCAAUUUUUACACCUCAUCUCAAACACCACCCGUGCUGUUGGGUUAGGUCAACUGUUUCUGUCCUUAGUCACCGAGCUGAUGUGUCGCGACGGACCAUGUCCGAAGACAGUUAGGCGUCUCGACAAUCUCCAUCAAAGUCUGGAGUCUGGAGUCUGGAGUGUCUGGUGUCUUGUGUGUUUGAGGACACCCCUCCCCCCCCAUAAGUUGUGCAGUCCCGCAGCAUCAUGAAUCACCCGUCACAUUAUGGUACUCAUCAUUGUCCAGUGAGAAUUCGUCGUCAAGAUUUGAAUAAAGUCUGCUGUUGCUUCACAGCUCAGCUUCUCGAACCCCGCCUCCCUUGCUCUAGUGAUCCAUCAGGGUUUCGCCUCGUCAUCGUUGUUGUCGUCGCCGUCUCGUCCACUGCAAUGUACAUACGCUAUGCCAUGCCCUUUGGUCCGAAGGAUAAAAUGCACAAUUCCCAAUUCAUCCGCUGUCGCUACCCAAACCAUGGUGUCACCCUCCAAUCACGUCCCAUUCCAUACCUGGAAAUACCUCCAUUCGUCCAGCUGGAUCCGGCAAUAGCCGGGACGGCCGCCAACCCCCUAUUUGGCCACCUCGACUCUCGGUUCUCGAUCACGAUCCCGUCUCCAGGUCUUGACAACAAAGAGCAGGUAAAGAAGAAGAAGAAGAAGAAGAAGAAGACGAAGAAGACGAAGAAAAGAGUUUGGAUAAAAGGAAAACACUGGUGAAGUAUCCAUCCAAAUGCAGCCCGGACCCCCUGAGGCAACGAUGUGCUUCGCCCAGUGUCAACCACCACCCCUGCGUCCUGUCGAAACUUUAGCGAAGGUCCCGGUGCCCGGUACGUACAGCCGUGCAAUUCCCGUUAGUAUAUGCCGGCCCAUAUCCUGACUCCGUCUAAACCU